GAAGGUCACUUGUAGACUGCGGCGGCCGGGCGUGGUGUUGUGUCUUGCCUGGGCCCCACAAUAAUGACACAGCCGGAGCGCCAGCCACGCGCCGGCGACUGACGGCGAUGCCGGACGGCUCGGACUGAGGCUGGCGCUCGCUCUCAGCAAGCCUGGCCUCAGGUGGCCUGGGCAUCUCCUGGGCUUCGGAGGCUGCAUCGCGAGCUGCCAGCUGCAGCCGAAUUGGAGCAUCCUUCGAGACCGCCUGCCCGGGAUGGCUCGGAUGGCCCGGGGCAGCUUGCAAUGUGGGCCUUGAGAGCCAGGGCCGGGAGCCAGCUCGGCAGGGGGGGGCACGGGGGUGUAUUUUGGUUUCUGCAUCACCCUGGAUGCGUGGGACUUCAGCAAGCGGGCGCUGAGCAGGGGCUGGACCGCGGGGAGGAUUCGUGGCAUGCAGCUCGUCCCUCUCUAAGGUAGGGAAUAGAGUCCUUCCGGCAGCCUCCGAAAUGCCGACCUCUGAGCCCGGAGCCGAGUACUGGAUCGACGGGUCCCAUCGCGACACGGCCCUGGAGGAUUUCUACACCAUGGGCCCGGAGCUGGGCAGGGGGGCCACCUCCGUGGUGUACAGCUGCAAGGAGAAGGGGACCCACGCCCAGUAUGCAGCCAAAAUCCUGAAGAAGACGAUCGACAGAAAGAUCGUGAGGACCGAGAUCGGCGUCCUGCUGAGACUGUCCCACCCCAACAUCAUCAAACUGAAGGAGAUCUUUGAAACCCCCUCCGAGAUUGCUCUUGUCCUCGAGCUGGUGACGGGAGGCGAGCUCUUUGACAGGAUCGUGGAGCGGGGAUUCUACAGCGAGCGAGAUGCUGCCCACGUGGUCAAGCAGAUCCUGGAGGCGGUCUCCUACUUGCAUGAAAACGGAGUCGUCCACCGUGACCUGAAGCCGGAGAACCUGCUGUACGCUGACCUGUCCCCCAACGCCCCGCUCAAAAUCGGUGAUUUUGGGUUGUCCAAGAUAGUGGAUGAGCAAGAUGCCAUGAAAACUGUUUGUGGCACUCCGGGGUAUUGUGCCCCUGAGAUCCUCCACGGUUGUCCCUAUGGCCCUGAGGUGGAUAUGUGGUCCGUGGGUGUCAUCACAUACAUACUGCUUUGUGGGUUUGAGCCAUUUUUUGAUCCAAGAGGGGACCAUUACAUGUACAGCAGGAUACUGAACUGUGACUUUGAAUUUGUAUCCCCUUGGUGGGAUGAAGUUUCCCUCAAUGCCAAGGACUUGGUUCGGAAACUGAUAGUGCUGGACCCACAGAAGAGGCUCACGGUACAGCAAGCCUUGGAACACCCCUGGGUCACGGGGAAGGCAGCUAAAUUUGCUCACAUGGAUAGCACACAAAGGAAACUGCAAGAGUUUAAUGCCAGAAGGAAACUGAAGGCUGCAAUGAAAGCUGUAGUGGCUUCCAGCCGUCUAGGUAACCACGGGCAUCACGACAGCUCCAGAAACGGACGUAGUCGAGAACGUACCAAAGCAUCUCGCCUGGCUCAGGGGCCUGAGAACUCCUGCCUUCCCGAAGGUCUUCAUAACCCCUCUGUGUCCGGCCUGCAAGCUGCCCCUGCGCCGCGUCCCUUGGCAAAGGCUGAGAACCUCGGCACUUUCCGAAGCAACUGCCCAGCGGCUUCCAAGGUCACGCUGAAUGGCACGAGCUGUGAAAGUUAACACUGUCGAGGAGGCUGCUGCCUAGUACCGCCUUUGAAUAAGCAAUAUCCCCCUGACUCUUGGACACAUCCCUGUAGCGAGGUGGGGGAAAGGAAGAAUCGGUGACGGAAGGAGCACCGGGGAAACCAUUGGAAACUGGGACUCUGAAUAAUACGUAGUAUGUUGUAGGUGGGCUUUGAUAAGCACUUGGUCUGCCAUGUGAAGCAUCUUUGUUUUAACGUCCUAUUUCCAGUACAGUUGUAUGUAACUGGUCACUGUUGGGGGGAGUUGGGGGUGCUUGUACUAAGAAGCCACGGGUGGGUAAGUUGGUCUCCAGACAUAGUACUUAUGGCCAUCUUGCCCCAUGUGGCAUAUAAAAGAAGAGCAAACAGCCAAAAAAAAUAAUUUUCACCUUCCGUACUAAGGAAAUAACAUUCUCUUUGUGACUUGUUUUAUAAUGUAAAGUAGAUAGUCGUUGUGGGUGUUACAUAAGGAAAGAGGGUAAAUCCAUAUUAUUAUUAUAAUUAUUAUCCAUAUGAUCCAGCUGAGGGACACUGGCAUUUUAGGUAAGGGUUGGUAGGCACAUUUGAACCUAGAAUUUUGGUCCUGUACAAAUAAGAAGUGCUUGUCAGCGAUUCUUUUAUAAUCUGUGGGUAGCAGAGCCCCGUUUGAUUUGGACUUCCAGUGCAGCAAAGUUUCAGUUGCUCUUAAAAUGUUCACUCCUGCUCUGAGGAUAACAGAUUCUUGGGCUGACAGACUGAAAUAACGUGAUUCUUAACAACAGAGACAAUUGGCUAAGUAAGUUGAGAUUCUGUGUUUGCUUUUUACGCCACAAUUUCCAUGGUUAGUAUUAACAAUGAGCAAUGCAAAUAUUUCUACUGAGCACGGUAAGACUUUGUAACAUGUAAAAGGUACUGCUGUUUCUCGACUGCAGAAAAUGUCUUUGUACAAUAUAAUGUUGGGGGGGGGUUUAAGAUCAUUUAAAUCAGCAGAUAGGUUAUUUGGAAAAAACCCCAAUUAGCAUUUUUGUAAGCAAUGACAUAACACACUUUUGGGUAACCAUGCGUAGGGGCCAGAUUUGUGCAAAGUAGGUUGAAAAUCACAUUCAAACCAUUGUGUCAAGGCACUGGCUGUGUGGGCCAAAGCCUCAGCUGGUAUGAACUGGUAGUGCUCUAUUUAAGUUAACAGUGCUACACUGACUUAAACCAGUUGAGGAUUUGGUCCAAAGGGUACAACAAUGGGAUCCAAACAGAAAACCCCAACUGUAAGAGACUGCAGUGUGUAAAUAAGGCUCAUUUUGGUACUCUGUAUAUACAAUUCAGUAUCUGAUAACUAAGGGCUUGCAAAGAAACCUUACCUUUUUGCUUAACCUUCACUUAAAGUGUUAGUUUGUUAGAUGCAGACAGCUUGCUAGAAGACGAAGGGAAGCAAGACAUGGAGCUGUAAAAAAAAAAAAGAGAGACAACAAAGGUGACAAAUCGGAAGAUGAUCAGAGUUCUUCACAGCACAAGUAGAAACUGGAAAGACUGUGCAUAAAGGUUUAGAAAGUUAUUCUGGGCCCCUUGUUGAGUGUUUUGAAGUGAAGCCAAACAGAUAUAGCAAAGAGAGAUUAAGUCUAAACAGGUUUUGCUGAUGGGGAAAGAACUCAUUCUAAGUAAAAAGGUUUUCCUUGAAUUAACAUUUAUGUCGUAUAUGGGAAAUGGGUCUCUGAGAAGUGCAGAGAAGGAUAUUGGUUUGGAUCAAGAAGAUUACCGUUUGGGGGUAAUAUAGCAGAACAGAAUGUGGAGUUCUGGAAAUACCCAAUUAAAGACUAAUGUAGAUCGUGUUGAUAUAAGGAGGGAACAAUGGAACAGAAGUAUUGGAACAGAGGAGAGAGGGGUUUUUAAUGCACUGUAUUAAUUGACCACACACAAUGCUGAACACUUUCGGCACUCACCUUGCAGAGGUCUUUGGGUGAAAUCCACUCCCCAUCACAGUCGGUGGCAAUUUUUGCAUAGAUUACAAUGGGGUGAGGGCUUCACCUGUCUGUGUGUGCUUUGUUUAAGCAUCUGUUUAACUGUUUUGCAAGAUCAGGACCUCAGUGCUUGGCAUACCUUACAGGAUCCAGGCCAUAAAAUUUAGGGCCCAAGUUUUUGAAAGGCUGAAUAACUCUAGUGCUUACUUUAAUGAGUGUUUUGGGUAUUCUUAAUUUUUCCAGACUGGCUAUUUUGGGGGAAAAAAGCAAGGUAGGAAGAGAGAGAAGGAUUUAGUUACGGUAGUUAUCAGCCCUCAGGCCUGCGAGACCAGAGAGAGGGAGAAAAAAACCCAAAACAAAGGCUACUGCUGCGAUAGAAAAAACUUAAGGGAAAACUGUAAGCAAAAAAGGAAAAAAAAAUGUUAAUGCCUUUUAUGUCAUGUCAACAACGAAUGAUUCUGUAAGCAACUGUAUUUAAAGAUAGAGAAGAUACACUCCAGGGAGUAAACCUAAAUAGAACGUGCAAUUUUGAUCUGUAGGUGUGUUUUCAGAAUGUGUUUUAAAAACGAUUCACAGAUUCAAUCUAGUGCUAAUGUUUUCCAUGUUAAAGGUAUUUAUAAGCAUAGUGGCAAAUAAUAAAAUAUCAAUUAUGGA